CACUUCCUUUGUUCAACUGCUGAAAAAUCUACCAGAAAAUUGUCGUUCUUUCGGUGAAACUGUGGUUGAAUCCAAGGACAAAGCGAUGAUAAGUUUCCCAAAGGCGAACCCCCUCGGAGAGGAAAAAGGAUUCUAGCUUCGUGCGCGUGAAAGCAACGUCCGUGAACGAAGGAAAAACUACAAAGAGAGAUAGAGCGAGAGAGGGAGAAAGAGAGUGAGCGAAGAAAGGAAACCUGUGCAAGUGCUGUUGUGUAGUGAGGCCAGAAAACGGAACCCGAUCGAAGGAGAAACAAAGAAAGAUGCGACGGAUAUCCUCUGGGCUGAUUCUGUUUAACUAAUGUGGAACGAUCAGAAGCAGACGGUGCCGUUUAGUGUGCAUAUGAGUUGUGAAGAAAAUAGGACAGACUAUUACAAGUGUGAAAGCAAAACGAAACUUUGAAUCCGUGUGAAAUCAGUGGACGAUUUCUCCCAGGACGGUCUCCAUUAUCCGUCCAGUUUCGAUGAGAUCGAUCGAGGAGUGCAUCUGAAAGCUUUGUGUCGCGACCAACGUCGCCAACAACGGCUCCAUUCGGCGUGUGUGUGUGUGGAGGUUAGCUCGUAGUUUUGUUUGUUUGUUGCCAAAGUGCCCCGCAGCGAGCGCGCAUAAUCGCCAUUUGCACCACGCAGCCGGGUAUGUUUAAUGGAAACAAGGAGCCGUGUAAGUGUCGUCUAUGGCCGAAUCCGUUGGUAAGCAAGUGCUCUCUGCAGUGACGGAGGGGCAUCAUCAUCUUCAUCCGCAACAACAGCAGCAGCAACAAGAGCAACAGCAGCCGCAACAACGGAACCAAUCCGCCAUCACCACCGACACAACAAGUAGUACCAGUAGCGAGAGCCGCCGAUCCAGAGGUGGAAAGACGGCCAAGGGAGGUGGUGGUAGCUCGCGUGCAGCUUCGAAACAGGACCGUACGGGGUCCACAGACAAAUCGACACAGCGUAAAGCAAAGCGGAAGCACAGCUUGCCACUGAUUGGUGGAACAACAUCCGACCUACCGUCGAGUUCCGAGCCUUCCGUCUCCGCCAAGCGGUUAUCCUUAAACGUAAAGGCGGCCGCACCGACGGUCACUGCUGUCCCGGUCGCGUACCGCACCCGGUCCCGGACAACCUCCAAAGAGCUCGUGUUUACAGCGGCGGCGGCCAGUGACGCCGUCGUCGAGCAGCAGCACCACGGAUUCGAUCUCAAUAGGCAGUCGCAUCAGCUCCAGCAGGACGUUUCUUCGCCGCACCCAAAGCUUGUAGACGUUCGCAACAGUCGCAACAAGGCUACUGGCACUACCAAGAACCCCGCAUUGAAGCGAGCGGCGGCGGCAGCAGGUGCCAGUCCCCAUGAGAGUACCAAGGCAACCGGCCACCAACAACGUACUACAUCAUCGGGCGAUCAACAGACAUUCGAUAGCAGUAGCUUAUCACCGUUAGUUAAUUCUAGCUGCUCGUCGACAAUCGUCCAUCCAUCGUCCGAGGGAACAUCCACGGGUGGAGCAGCAGCAGCUGGCGGCGGGGAGAAGAAAGCUCAGUCCAAAAGUAAACGAGGAGGAGUAGCAAGUCCGCCACCCCUCACCUCCACACCACCGAUUGCAUCGGGGUCGCGUGCAAUAAAUAAGAAAAGCCCACGAAAGUCCGCAGCGGCGGCGUCCAAGCUAUCGCGGAAAAUCGCCGACCGGAAGGAACUGCUGAUCGGCGAAGGAACGUCGAAAGGGGGACCGAAAGGCAAAUCGGGUCAAAGGAGAUCGAAGGGAGGAGAGCCUCACGCAGCACCGGAAGGAGCAGGGGGAUCGUUACCGGGAGUCGAGGUUACGGUAAUCCGUAAUUUACGUUCUCACCAACAGCAUCUGCCACAGCAGCAGCAGCAGCACCAACCGCAGCAACCGCAGCAUCUAACUCUAACCGCUUCCGUCAGCGAAUCGGGAGUGGUCAUCGGUGCGCAGGUUUCGAACGUCGCACCCGCACCCGCCGUACCCUCGUCUUCUUCAUCGUCGUCCGGUGGUGCCCAAGUGCCCAAAAAGCGCCAGAAAGUGGGGGGGGACCACCACAAUCAUCACCAUCACCACCACCAGCACCACCAAGAGAUCGCGGGCAAUCAGAAGGCCCCGAAUCUGGGGGCAAGACUAGCAGCACGCGGUAGCGGUGGUAGGGAACAGCACCAACUGCAACAGCAGCAGCAGCAGCAGCCGCAACAGCAGCACUACAGCCAUCAUCCUCUACCAAACCCUGCUGCCGGAACGCACUACCAACAUCAUCCGCAGCAGCAGCAGCAGCAGCAGCAGGUGCAUUAUCAUCAGCCACCGAGCCAUCAGCUGCAGCACUACACGGCACUACAUUCCCAGCAGCAGCAGCAGCAGCAACAGCAUCCCCAAUACAUCCAGCAGCAGCAGCAUCCGACACGUUUCCAUCACUAUCAACAUCAGUUGGCAGCCGUUCCUCAGUACCAUCCUCAGCAGGCGGCGCAACCGAUUCUCGGUGCGAACAACAACAGCAGCAGCGGCCAGGGAGAAGGUGCGGCCGGAUACCAUCACCACCAACAACAGCAACAACUACAACAACACCACCAUCACCAACAGUACGAAGCGCAGGCACAGGUGGUAGGAGCAGGGUCACUGGUGCAGCAGCAACAGCAGGGAGGACGAAGCGGUAGUACAACCGGCAGUGGAGGAGGAGGAGGCAGUGGUCUUCUGCUUAGGCGCAGUUCUCGAGGCAAAAGUUCCCACCCAUCCGCAAUCACGGGGUCUUGCGUUAGCUCGAAUCCGACCAACAACCCCUACCAACAUCACCACCAGCCACAGUCGCACUCUUCGGCGUCGCAGUCAUCAUCGCGCUCCGGUAGUCACCACCAUCAUCAUCAUCAUCACCGUGGCGGUGGUGGCAGUGGGGGAGCGGGCGGCGGCGGCGGCGGCAGCGGCGGUGUAGUGAUAGCGGGCACUUCAUCCGGCUCUUCCUCAUCUUCCGCGAAGGGGGGCGCGAAGGGGGCGAUUCUGCUUGCGACAAGCUUCGACGGCACUGGGGGUGGUGGGGUUGGUGGUGGUACUGCUGCCGGCGGCCCGUCUACCUCGGGCGCGAUGGCCAACGAUGGUUCGCGGAACAACAAUAAUAACAACAACAACAACAAUGGCGGUGGCGGAGGAGGAGGCAAUAGUGGAGACGGAGGGCACGCCGCCACCCACCAUGUAAUAAGGUUGACGAAGGCGCUGGGCGUUGUAGCGGGUUCUUCGUCAACGACGACCGCUUCUUCGGGCGGCUCGGUUCCGGCGCAGUCCGCUUCGUCGUCGGGUGGAAUGGUUGACGUAAAUAUGGUGCAUGCGUCUGGUGGGAGUGGUGGGGGAGCUGGAGCAGCUUCGAGUUCAUCCGGUUCCACUGCGACGGCAAGCGCUGGAGGAGGAGGAGGAGCAUCUUCCGCCGCACCGCCUCAUCCAGAUUCGGAGAGCGAUGACAGUGAGGUGGGUCGUCUGCAGGCACUGUUGGAAGCUCGCGGUCUUCCGCCGCAUCUGUUCGGUGCGCUGGGGCCACGGAUGCAUCACCUGUUGCACCGGACGAUGGGCGCGAACAGCAGUUCCUCGAAGGCGCAACAGCUGCUGCAGGGAUUGCAGUGUCCCGACGAAAGCCAGCAGCUGCAGGCUGCCAUUGAGAUGUGCCAAAUGCUCGUGAUGGGCAACGAGGACACGCUGGCCGGUUUUCCGAUCAAGCAGGUCGUUCCGGCCCUCAUCACGCUACUGCGGAUGGAGCACAAUUUCGACAUCAUGAACAACGCUUGCCGGGCGCUGGCCUACAUGCUGGAAGCUCUGCCGCGCUCCUCCGGAACGGUGGUCGAUGCAAUCCCGGCCUUCCUCGAGAAGCUGCAGGUGAUCCAGUGCAUGGAUGUGGCGGAGCAGAGCCUGACGGCGCUGGAGAUCCUCUCGCGGCGCCACAACAAGAGCAUCCUGCAGGCGAACGGUGUCGCGUCCUGUCUCACGUUCCUGGACUUCUUUUCGAUCAACGCGCAACGUGCGGCGCUAGCCAUCACGGCCAACUGCUGUCUGAAUCUGCACGCGGAAGAGUUCCACUUCGUGAAGGACUCGCUGGCGCUGCUCGCACGUUUGCUGGCGCAGCAGGACAAGAAGAGUGUGGAGAGCAUCUGCACGGCGUUCUGCCGGCUGGUGGAUAGCUUCCAGCACGAUCAAGCGAUCCUGCAGGAGAUUGCCAGCAUGGAGCUGCUGAAGAACUGCCAGCAGCUGCUGGUGGUGACGCCAUCGGUGCUCAACAGCGGCACGUUCACGAACGUCGUUCGGAUGCUGAGCGUAAUGUGCGCGAAUUGCCCGGAUCUGGCGAUCACGUUGCUGAAGAACGACAUCGCUUCGACGCUGCUGUAUCUGCUGACCGGCUCGGCGGAACCGGUGACGGCCGACGUCGAGCUGGUGCCCCGCAGCCCCUCGGAGCUGUACGAAAUCACGUGCUUGAUCGGGGAGCUAAUGCCUCGGCUGCCGACGGACGGAAUUUUCGCGGUGGACGCGCUUCUCGAGCGGCCCCAGCCAACGAUUCAGGACGCGGUACAAUGGCAGUGGCGCGACGAUCGCGGGGUGUGGCGUCCGUAUUCGUCCAUCGACUCGCGCAUGAUCGAGGCGGCCCACCAGAACUCGGACGACGAGAUCAGUCUCAGCACGCUCGGGCGCACGUACACGAUCGACUUUCACUCGAUGCAGCAAAUCAACGAGGACACCGGCACGACUCGCUCGGUGCAGCGGAAGAUCAACCAUCGGCUGCUGGCCCUGCAGGGAGCGGCGGCGGCUGCGGCAGCGGCAGCGGCAUCUGCGGCUACGACGUCCUCGAACGAGCCGAACUCCUCACCCUCAACACCCUCUGGUGGAGUGGCAAUUGAGGGUGCUGGGGAAGCCGCUGGUGGUGCAUCUUCGACGGUCGCUGUGGCCACAACGGGUUCACUGAAUCUUGCCACGCGACCCCCGAAUGCGCAACGUGACGCCCGUAUCGCUUGCCUGAAGGAAGAGCGUGGCCUGGCGGCCGAAUUCAUUCGCAACCUGUUCUCCGUUCUGUACGAAGUGUACAGCUCGUCGGCCGGUCCUUCCGUACGGUACAAGUGCUUGCGGGCGCUUUUGAGGAUGGUGUACUUCGCCAACGGUGACCUGCUGCGGGACGUGCUGAAGAACCAGCUCGUCUCGUCGCACAUCGCCGGUAUGAUGGCGUCGAACGAUAUGCGCAUCGUCGUCGGAGCGCUCCAGAUGUCCGACAUUCUCAUGCAGAAGCUUCCGGAGGUGUUCGGAGUGCAUUUCCGGCGCGAGGGUGUCAUGCACCAGAUCAACCAGCUGACGGACCCGUCGAUUCCGAUCUGUGCAGCUCCUUCGCCGAAGGCUGCCAGUGGGAGUGGCUCCUCGCAGAGUGCGCCCCCUUCGGCCACGAUCCUUCCGAGCGCGUCCAGCAGCUCCGGGGGAACCACGUUCGAUUUCGACAGCAGUGCCAUUGCGUCCAGUUCGAAAGCGGGAAGCGGUCAACAGGUGGCCAUUGCCAUCGGCGGAAGUGGUGGCGGAUCGCACGUGAAGAACCUUUCGUCCGCCCUGAUGCUGGCAAGCGGGAAGAUGGGCGGUGGGCAUCAUCAUCAUUCGUCCGGUCCGAGCUCGAGUACCAUGACGGCGGGUGGGGGCGUCGGCAUGGCCAGUGGAAGCAUGAGCUACACGACGACCAACUCCCCGGCGACGGCCAUCAAUAUGAACAAGUCUUCGAUGCACCACCACCACCACCAUCAUUCGCAUGCGCAUCCGCCGCAGCAGCAGCAUCAUGGCCAUGCGCACCUCGUCAAUCCGAUGCCUCACGGAGGAGUGGCGCAAAAUGUCGCUGGCGGGGCGGCACCCAUGGCCGUGGCCAACCUGCACCAUCAUCAUCUGGAGGCAGGAGUGGUGGGAGCAGGAGGGACGGGUGCCAUCGUACAACCAGCAGCCGGAACGUCGAUCGUCACGGCCACCGUCACGACGACGAGCAAUGGGAACAUUCUGCUGAACGCCAUCUACAACUCGGCCGCAGCGGCCGCCAUCAAUCCGAUACCGCAUCAUCCACCGCACCCGCACCCGCACCACCACCACGGUGGUCAACCGGCGGCCACACAUAUCUAUCAGCCGCCGCAUCACUUCUCCGAUGCUUUCGGCACCUACAGCACCACUGCCGCCGUUACGGAGACGGCCAAUGUGGCCCUGAUCAACUCACCCACGCCCACGACGGGUGCCACCGCACCGAGUGGUUCUUCUGCGACCGUGGUGGUCACACCCGGCAGCCACCCACAUCAACAGCACGCUGGCGGGGCCGGGGCUGGUGGUAGUAGCUCCUCCGGUCAGCUGAAAAUGUCCGACAUACUGAAGCGCAAGGUGCCACCGAAGCGAAAGUCGCAGGGAAGCUCCAAAUCAAAGUCGCGCCAAGAUGACGGUCACGGCCAUCACGGUGCCGCUGGUGUGGCCGGCGGUUCGUCGUCAUCGUCCACGAACCCCUCGUCGGGGGGUGGUGUUUCUUCGGCGAUGCAGGAUUUCAUCAACAAAGCCACCACGAUGGGGUCCGGCUCGUCCGGAUCUUCCGGCCGGCAGACACCGUCGUCGAGUUCCGGCUCGACGCGUUCGCGUUUCACGGGGGCAUCGUCCAAGACGAGUUCGUUCCUUGCGUCGCUGAAUCCGGCCCGCUGGGGUCGCCAGUCAUCCUCGUCGACGUCGUCGGCGGCUGCCGCGCACAACGCGUCCGCAUCUGGCUCCGGUUACGGCGGUGGCAAAGACGGAAGUGGGAGCGGUUUGAACAAGAGCCACUCGAACUCGAACCUCAUCGCGGCGGGAAAUCGGGAAAAAGCCCGCCAAUGGAUACGCGACCAGGCGCUUCUGUUCGUCAGCCGGUACUCGGGUGAUACGGCGGGUGGUCGGGUGGUGGUCGCCGGAGGAGUCAGCGGAGGGUCGAUGCAACAGCAGCAUCCGGCCUGUACCAUUCUGAUCCGGCUCACGGCCGCCAUUCGCAAGCUCGACGGACGGUACGAGGAGUGUCUGGGGGCGCUCCAGGAGUUGCGCGACAUCCUGAUGGAAAGCGACAUCUCCCCCUUUGAGGUGAACCACUCGGGGCUGAUCCGGGCCAUGCUGAACUACAUGGCCAACGACGAGAACGCGCUGGUCGAGCGGCCCACCCGGCUGCGUAUGUUCCUGCACGUGUUUGCCGGGUUGCCGCUGGACGCGAGCUACUCGCAGGUCGGCGUCGGUCCGCCGGCAACCAUGAACGGGGCCGCGUUCAGUGCGUUCGUCGCCAAGCUGAACGGAUGCGUAACGCAGCUCGAGCAGUUCCCGGUCAAAGUGCACGAUUUUCCGGCCGGCGUCGGUGGCCGCUCCAAUACAAGUGCUCUUAAAUUCUUCAACACACAUCAACUGAAGUGCAAUCUUCAACGCCAUCCGGAAUGUACAAAUUUGCGCCAAUGGAAGGGCGGUACUGUGAAAAUAGAUCCGCUCGCGCUGGUGCAGGCCAUCGAGCGGUAUCUGGUGGUGCGCGGAUACGGCGGCAUCCGCGUCGACAGCGAGGAGGAUUCGGAGGAGGACAUCGACAACAUUGACGCUGCGGCCAUGAUCACGAUGGGCGGGCUGAAGCAUAAGCUGCAGUUCUUGAUCGGCGAGCACGUGCUCCCGUACAACAUGACCGUGUACCAGGCCAUACGGCAGUAUUCGCCGCUCGUCAACGAUCAGUCCGAGACGGACACCGAUACGGAGACGCCGAUAGGAAGUGCCAGCAUUUGGGUGCAGCAGCAUACCAUCUACUAUCGGCCGGUGGAGGAAGAGUCCGGUGGUUCGAGCAAGGGCGCGUCAGGGUCGUCCCGGAAGAACAGUAAAAAUUCUUCCCAAUCGAAAAUCAUGCGCCGCAAGCCGGAAUUCUGGACCGACGGUCAGGUACCGGCCGUCGUCUCGCCACUGGGCCCAUUCCUCGUGUCCAAGCUGCCGGAUGUCGUGACAGUGCAGGACGCUUCGCUCGAUGCGCUCUGCAUGCUGCGUAUCAUCAACGCGCUCAAUCGGCACUGGGCCACGCUGUACUUCUCCGUGCCACAGGUGUCCAUAGUUCCGCAGGUUGAGUUUAUCCAUUCGAAGAUUGCUGCCAAGGCAAGCCGACAGCUGCAGGACCCACUGGUGAUUAUGACCGGCAACCUGCCGCAAUGGUUGCAGCAGAUUGCGGUCGCGUGUCCGUUCCUAUUUCCCUUCGAAACGCGCCAUCUGCUGUUCUACGCGGUCUCGUUCGAUCGUGACCGCGCGCUGCAGCGUCUGCUCGACACGACUCCAGAUCUCAACUCGGCCGACACGAGCGAGCGGGUGACGCCGCGUCUCGAUCGCCGAAAACGAGCCAUCUCCCGGGACGACAUACUAAAGCAGGCCGAAUCCAUAAUGCAGGACUUUGGUCACACGAAGGCACUGCUGGAGAUUCAGUACGAGAACGAGGUCGGCACGGGGCUGGGGCCAACGCUCGAGUUCUACGCGCUGGUCUCGACGGAACUGCAACGCUGUGAUUUAGGCUUAUGGAACGAUAGUGAUAGCUACAAAAACAACAACCAACAAUCGACCUCGAUCGCGGACAACAUCGUCAAGUCGUCGAUAAGCGGAGGAGGGGUCGCGCUGGAGGACGGCUCGCUGGACACGACGACCGUCCUGGCCCUGACCCGUUCGUCGCUCGGUUCGGCACGCGGCAGCGACGAUGCGGCCAACAACAGCGUCGGUGGUGGUGCGAGCGACGACAACAACAGCAGCUACGUCAUCAGCAAUGACAACUCGCUGAACAUGCUGAUCGAGCAGUCGGACCAUCUGCUGCAUCUGAACCCGCAGCAGGCGGAACUGGAGAACAACUCGACGCCACCUCCCGCCCCGCCGCCGGCCUCAUAUGCCGACGUCGAGAGCAUGAUGAUUACACCGCUGACCGGGGGAGGCGCCACGGAUGGCACCGGCAGUCUGGCUGCUGGUGCUGCCGGAACCACCUCCUCCGUGUCGUACGUAAACGCACCCCGGGGCCUGUUCCCGAUUCCACUCAGCAAGACGGCGAAAACGUCGCAGAUCUCACGCUUGAAGCAUAAGUUCAAAUUUUUGGGCAAAUUUAUGGCCAAAGCGGUUAUGGACAGUCGAAUGCUGGAUUUACCAUUCUCGAUACCGUUCUAUCGAUGGAUGCUGAGCGAGGAAAGCUCCCUAGGCUUGGCCGACUUGGGACAGAUUGCGCCGGAAGUGCAGGGCACUUUGCUGCGCUUGAAUGAGAUCGUUAAGCAGCGAGACCAAAUCCAGGCCGACCAUACCAUCGAUGCAAUGGAAAAGACUGAAAAGAUUGAAUCUUUGGACUUGGAUGGAUGCCCGAUUUCGGACCUGGGGCUCGACUUUGUGCUGCCGGGUCACCCGAACAUCGAGCUGCGGCGCGGAGGGCGCGACAUGGCGGUUACCACCAGCAAUCUGCAUCAGUAUAUCUCGUUGGUGACCCACUGGUUCCUUGCCGAGGGCGUUUCGCGCCAGUUUGAAGCGCUGCGUGAAGGAUUCGACUCGGUGUUCCCGAUGAGCCGUCUGCAGAUGUUCUACCCGGAGGAGCUGGAGAAUGUGUUCUGCGGCUCGGGACUUGGCGGUUCGCAGCAGCAGCAGCAACGCUGGGACGCACGGAUGCUGGCCGAAUGCUGUCGCACGGAUCACGGCUUCAACGCGGACUCGCCGGCGAUCCAGUUCUUCUUCGACAUCCUUGCGACGUACAAUCGUGAUGAGCAGCGGCUGUUCCUGCAGUUCGUCACCGGCAGUCCCCGGUUGCCGACCGGUGGCUUCAAGGCGCUGACGCCUCCGCUGACGAUCGUGCGCAAGAUGGACGGCAAUCAGAAUCCCGACGAGUACCUGCCGUCGGUGAUGACGUGCGUCAACUAUCUGAAGCUACCGGACUACUCGAGCCGGGAGAUGAUGCGCCAGAAGCUGAAGAUGGCCGCCAGCGAGGGUAGCAUGAGUUUCCAUCUGUCCUAAGGAGCGUUCCUUCCCGCGCGUCCGCCGCCUGUCUCCUCCCUGUCGUCGUAAAUGGUUGCUAGCAUUUUGUGUUGUUGUGUGUGCGUGUGCGUGUUGGUGAUUCGAUUCGAAGCCCACGAGAAAUCGUUCGAUCCCGCGUGGUUUGUGUUUCGAUUCCUAAAGAGCUAAAUUGUAAUUGUGUCAGUCAAUGAAAAUAUCUCCCCGCGGGGAAAAGAAAGGAAAGGGCGCGUUUGAUAAAGCGGCGGGUGGCAAUACUAAACAAAUAUAUAAAUUUAUAUCUCUAGAUCUAUUCCAUUGCGUGUGAGUGUGUAGUGGCUACAAUAUUAGCAAGCGGAACAUUUUCAUACCGAGCCUGUGGCUGGAACGACGAGAAACGAGAGGAGAGGUGGGCGAUGUAGGAUACAGCAGACACGGAACGCUAACAAUGUAAAUAAUCUUUUUCCUCUUUGCUCCUAAAAUAUAAUCAUAAGGUAUAA